AUGAAUACAGAUGAAAAUCCAAGUGGUCCAGCUUCCAAUUUUCAACAGGUACUAGAUAAUCCGAGGGAUGAUACCGAGAAGCCGAAGACUGUCACAAAGAACGCCAAGAGAAACGAGCAAAAAGUGAUCGCAAACAAGAGCAGUUUUGCACAGAUAAAGAAGAAAACGGAUAUACCAAAGAUAUUAACAUCGUCAUUCAAGAGUGCAAGAAUAAGGAGCCGAACGCUUCCGUCUCAAAACGCUUCGGAUGCACUAGACAACAACGCUCCUCAUACGAGGCUGUUUCAGACCGUGGACACCUCUGUCGAUAAUGACAUCGCUUGGAAUACCGAGGAGAGCUACUCAGAUGAUAGUGAGGGAAACAAGAGUCCUGCUUGGGUGUUAACAGAUAUUCUGCACUCAUUUGGAGAGAAAGACCGACCCACCGGAUACCUUGUAAGACGAGCCAACGAGCUUGUCGGCUUACUAGAGACACACGAAUCACUUCGACGUGACCUCGUGCUACAGUCCAUUCUACACAAGAUACAGAAUUUACUCCUACACUCAAAUUCGUCUGUUAUAGCGUGCGGGUUUCGGGUCAUCUGGUGUAUUAUAGACGACUACAAGUCAUUGGCACUGUUUACGCAGUUUAACUUGCAUUAUUUCCUUAUCCAUUCGCUUGCUAAAGAUGGGAAACCAAACGACAUUGAACGCGAAGAGAGUUUGAAACUUGUCAGGAAAUUUGUUGACGUUGAAGAUGGAGUUACGCUACUUAAUCUGGACAUUAUGAAGGCUCUAGUAGCCGUUGCCGAUAAUUCUGAUGAUCCCCUUCGUACAUCGGCUUUAGAGACAAUCUGUGAGGUGUCUGUUCUUGCCCCGGAGAUAACUUUUAAAGCCAACGGAAUUAAAUCGAUGCUUCAAUGCGUUUUAGAUGGGGUGAGCUCUAUGACAGGCACGUGUAUUCUUACUAUUAUCAAAUUGCUAGACUCUCCUGAUGCCAGACGGUAUGUAAUGGACGAAAAAGUGAUCCAGGCGCUUAUUUGCCCCUUCAUGGAUAUUGUUCAUGUCAGGAUAGAGAGACUUCAGGCGUUGGCUUAUGUCAUCGCUUCGCUUCUCAAAUCGUGGCCGGGACUGAUAGCCUUCUCACAGAACGACUUCAUGCCUCUAAGGCAGUUGAUUAGUUGCCUCACGUUCGAUUCUUCACCUGUAAGAGUCGUAUUGAUUCAUAUCUUCUACGAAAUAUUUCAUAUAAAAUCAUUACCAUGGAUAGUGUUGAGAGACAACACUCAGGAGACAGCGACAAGAGGGUCUUCGGCCGUUCUAUUCAUCAGGGAUGCUGCUGUGAAAAUUCACCAGCCAAAGUCUGUCCAGGCUACUAGGAUCCCAGAGAGAGAAGCUCCUUUCAUAAACCACUAUACAUCCCUUCUAUUACAGAUCUGUUUUAAAUGCGGACUAUGGGACAGGUUGACAAGAAUAUUCGAAGAUUCUACAGACAAGAAGUUUACCAAAAAGGUGGUGUUUUUACUUUCCGAAAUGUCAUAUCUACAGACAUUUCUAGUGCCAAAGAAAUUGCAUACUCCGUUAGCUCCGUCAUUUAGAUUGAAUCGAUUACUUGAAAAAGCGAUUCGAAAGCAUCAUAAGACGGGAUUGCUUCCCAGCGAAUUGAGACAGGAAGCCCUAGAACAGGAGAAGUCAGAGAUUGUUCCCAGCUCGGCCUCGAAAGUUUUGGAUGCAAUUGAUGAGUUAAACGAUGAUUCCACAAGUGGACUCACCACUCUGAUCACUCAAGGUAGUGUUCAACUUAGAUUACAAAACAUGUCCUCUGGCAUUGAUAUAAAGGCUUUGGUUUUUAAGACUGGCGUAUUAACUACGAAAGCAUUUGCCAAAUGGGAUUGGCCCCUGAUAAUUCAGCUAAUGAGAGCUCCCCUCAGGAAUAGAAAAAUGUUUGACGAGGUUGUGAGGACCACUAAGUUUUAUAAGCGAUUGCUGUCAUUCUACAGACCUUUCAAGUAUCGUUUCUCGAUGCUUAGAAAAACACCUGGAAACCAAAUCUACGUGAGGGCAGGAUGUGAAAUCUUUAAAAACUUGCUAUCGCAUAAGAAUGGUGUGAAUUAUUUGAGCGAGAACAAACUCCUACCUCAGAUAGCGGAAUGUUUAGCUCAAGUGGAUCCUUAUAGCGGUAUUACUGCUGCUGAUGCACUUUUUUCCAAGGGUAAACUUGAAAAUACGAUUAGCUCGGCGUUCUUUAAAUUCGUGGAAAUUCUAUCAGGAGACCUCAAUGGAAUUCGAAUGAUGGAACAAUGGUGGCUGUUUGACAUGCUCUAUCAUAUUACGGACCGAGCAUCCAAUAGAGAGGAUUUGACAAAACUGAUCAUCAGGAAUUUGAAGUACAACAUUCCAGGACAUUGCCGGAUUAUAUUGAAGAAAGUGGCCAGUACAGGGAAUACAUCAUGCCGACUUUUGGCGACCCGAAUCCUAGGAGAUUUGCUUCAUGAAGGUGGUGUAUAUGAAUCUUACGCAUGCCAUGCUUUGGUGGAUCAGUUUUGCGAUCGUAGCUUACAAGUUUCUGAUGUGGCUGUAGAGGCGCUAACAAAUUAUGCGACAGACAGCAGUACUGUAGAUAGACUCAUUGCAUGCCAACCUUCUUUAGAUCACUUGGGUAACAAGAGUGCGAAGCUGAUCCAGGCGAUUUUUUCCACGUCGUCUGGAUUCGAUUACUUACAGAACCAGUUGAACUUCGUGGAAACAGAGAUGGAGGCAUGGGUGGAUACCAAAAACAAGGUGUAUGUUAGAGAAAUCGAGGCUUUUAUUGCCAAACGGCUUUUCAAUUUCAGAAACACCAGUACUUUAGAAAUGCCUUACCAUUUCUUUGGAGCGUUGGUCAAGACGGUAGAAGGGGUUCGACUUUUGGAAAGUACUGAGACAUUCUCAUCGUUUUCUAACACGAUUCGUAAUUAUGUGUUUAUGAUCAGGAACUCAAAGGAAGUGCAAUUUUACGGUGAAAAUUUGGUCGAUACAGUUGAAAAUACGAUAUUAGAGCUCAAAUCUGUGCUUUGGGCUAUAGGUAACAUCAGUGUAUCAGAAUACGGAAUCAACCUACUAGAAAUGUCAGGAUUGGUGGAAGAUAUACACUGCAUCACUGAGAACUCGGUCAAUUUAUCAUUGAAAGGAAGCUGCUUUUUUAUAAUGGGACUAGUUGCUCAGACAGACCAAGGAUCGGAAAUUUUGGAUGACUUGGGCUGGUAUGCUACUCGGUCUUCUUUAGGAGUGAAUCUGCCCAUCUGUUUACCGCGUGAUUUUGCAGGAUUUUUAGAGAUGGAGAAGAAUGAACUUGUAACGAAGGUGCCGAUAGAGUCGUCCGUGGAGAUUUUUGAUAAGAUUAUGGAGGAAGAUUUUGUUCCCUACAAUUCAGAUGAGAGAGUGAUGGAACAUACAAAUUCGUCAAAUACAAUCUCAGGAGUCCCGGGAUCAUCCACUUACGUUACCACUCAGUAUUCGCGCGAAUACUUAAUGAUGUACAAAGUUUAUGAGAACUUAAAUCUCAUAUUGGUGAAUCAGGCCAAAGCGUACGGGAAUUUGGCAAAGCUCAAAAAGCGGUAUCCGUCGAUAUUCAGUACCGAGCCUACAGUGCUUAAGUUCAUCAUGAGAGUUUUGAAUUUGUACCGGGUGAAGGGAGCUGUACGCAAGCACCUUCUUACAGAAUUAAUCAACUUCAACAAGAUGAUGGAGAUUUUAUUGAGGAGAGAAAGGCGCAAGAUGAAGGAGACCAUUGGUGGAUCAUCACCUCAGUUACCUACAUCAAACCUCACUAUUCCUCCAUUGCCAUUACCUUUGGCGCGAAGCUCGCCGUCUCUAUCACCUACCCCAACAUGGACGAAAUUAUCUCGGAGAACUACUUUGGAUGACGACGGUGGAGUCGAACCCGUGACACUUACGACCAUAAGCCACAGCAAUAAUAAAAACAAACACCAAACGCCAUUUCCUUCGCAGUCGCAGACAAGGUCUCGGUCAUCGACACAGGAUCACACCACUAUAGGUAACAGUGUUUUGUUUACUAGUAUAUACAAAAAUUCGAGACGAGGGGAAGCAACUAUCAGUGACGAAGAUAGCGAAGGAAAGAAGGAAACAGAAGAAGAUCAAGACAGGGAAAAUGACUCUGAUAAAUAA